UAUGCCAUUUUUUCUGUUUUAUUUUUCUAGUAUUUCUAGAUAUUUUUUGCUUCUUAUAUAUGAGAGUUUGCUUCUUUGUUCCUGAAGCUGAACUGAUUUUCACGUAUCCGUAUAUCAAUUGGUCAUAUGUGAUAGUUGUAUUGCUCUUGGUACAUUGUUGUCUCUUUUUUGUAAAUACACUGCUUCUCCAUUCAUCUGGCUUUGUCCAACUUCCAUAAUUCUACUAAAUAAACCUAUAUAAAAAGCAUGGAAAACGAGUUGCAGCAAUUCAUAUCUCUCGCUCUUUCUUACAAUGUGUCAGAGGCAUUCGAUUUUAUUGUGGUUACCAGCUCUUUUUCUUUUUUAAUUCUUAAUAAAAUGAUCUAAUUAGUUACGUGAUGGGAAUAAGAUAUAUACAAAAAUAUGAAAAAAAUGUUUUAUUUCUUUGGAAUAAAAUAAAAAAGCCAAGUUGGUUGACUGGUUUAAAGCUUUGCAGUGCAGGAGAUUUGAACCUAUGGUCUAACACUUACUUAUUUUCAAUGCAAUUUAACAAAGCCUUAAAUCACUCAACCAACGUGGCUUUGGAACUUUGCUCUAAAAAAUAACGAUGAUAUUCACAUGUUACGACAUUCAUAUUGAUAAUAAAAAGAAAUAAAUAUUUUCAAAUAAUAUUUUAUUCAAAAUACUGUUAUUUAGAGUGUGAGCUUUGGUACACGACACCCAUAUAAAAAGCGUGGCUGUCCCCUCCUUCCUUCUUUCAGCCAACGUCUCCAGUCCUUUCUGUGCUGACAUUCUCCAUCUCGUCUUUUCUUUUAGAUAUAUAUUUUUGUAUUUUUGUUUCUGUUCUGACAACAGCAUUUCCUGUCUUUAUUUUUUAAGUGCUUGAAUUACUUCGGAGGGAAUGAAGUUGCAUGAAGUCUUGCAUUGCAGAGUCAUAAUUUCUCGAUUUUUUUAUUUAUACAGUCGAACCCGCUUAUUGGAAUAGCCUUCGUGCCAAGCAAAAGUAUUCCUAUAACAGGGAUAUUCUAAUAACCGAUCAUAUGUGCAUAGUAAAAACGUUUUGGAACCUCAAAUUUUUAUUCCUUAAGCCGGGAUAUUCCUUUAACCGGUAUUCUAAUAAGCGGGUUCGACUGUAUUCACAAUAUAUUUUAGUCUGAUUUUAGCUUAUAUUUGUAACUUUGGAUAUACGUAAUUUUUUAGUCGAAUUCUAUUUAUCUUUGAACCUUAAUCUAUCCAAAAUUUCGAUAAAUCCUCAGCCCUAUUUUUUCAAAUUAUUUUAAUUAAACUAAAAGACUUUUGUUUAAAAAAUUUGCAAUAUUCUUUCUAUUAGAGUCCUUCCUCUAUCUAUCAUAGGAUUUUUACAGCUGUCACCGCCUUCCUUCUUUCAGCCAACGUCUCCAGUCCUUUCUGUGCUGACAUUCUCCAUCUCGUCUUUUCUUUUAGAUAUAUAUUUUUGUCUUUUUGUUUCUGUUCUGACUCAACAGCAUUUCCUGUCUUUAUUUUUGAAGUGCUUGAACCACUUCGGAGGGAAUGAAGUUGUAUAUAGCAAAAAAUAAAAGUCGUCUGUUGUUUUGUUUCUGUUGUAUCUAGAGCCUUCUAGAGUUGCAGUAGAUUAAAAUCCUAUAUUUUAGUUUUUAGUAUUUCUCUUAGAACUUUUUUGUUCUUUUUCUUCUGUUUUGUCCAGUGCCCAAGAGCGUUGCAGCAGAUUAGAAUUUUUAGUAUUUUAUUCAUACAUAUUAGUUAUAUCUUUGCUUACAUUCGUAACUUAUGUAUGUGUAAUUUUCUCGAUCGAAUUACUCUAACUAAACUAAAAGACUUUUGCUUUGAAUUUUUUAUUAGAGACCCUUCGUUUGGAUAUAUAUGUUUUGUGUCGGUUCUAUUCAGAGUCUCGUAGCGUUGCUUCAAAUCUCGCAAUAUUUUUUCUAUUUUAUCGAUUUUUUCGAAGAGUCAAGUUGAUUAUAGCAAGUUGUUAUUGUUUUAGGUGGAUUUAGCAAAAAUAAAGCAAGGUUUCAUCCAUUGCAGUGGAAACGAACAUCCAGCAGCCAAAUUAGAAAUCGUUGAAACUUAGAAUAAAAAAGAGGGUGGAUUUAGCAAGAAAUAAGCAAGGUUUCAUCCAUUGCAGUGGAAACGAACAUCCAGCAGCCAAAUUCAAAAUCGUUGAAACUUAGAAUAAAAAAAGGGUGGAUUUAGCAAGAAAUAAGCAAGGUUUCAUCCAUUGCAGUGGAAACGAACAUCCAGCAGCCAAAUUCGAAAUCGUUGAAACUUAACUUAACUAAUCGUUGAAUAAAAAAGAGGGUAAGUGAUUUUGUUUUUUUAUAAGCCAUACAAUAUAAUAUUGAAAUGAUUAAGGAAAUAGUUAAGCAGUCGGAUAAUCUAUUAUUAACUAUUAAAAGACUUCGUAAAAUAAUUUUUGAUAAAUUUACUCAAAAUGAUGCUAAAGUAUGGUUAAAGCGAUUAAAUGCACAUAUUUGCAAAUGUAAUAAUUUAAUUAAAGCUAAAAAAUUACCCAUUGGAACUGCUAAAAAAUUACAAUCAAACGUAGGACAUUUUAAACAUUUUCGAAGAAUAAUUUUAAAUUUUAAUAGACGUGUUGGUCUAGGACUUAAUUCAAAAUUACGAAAUAGAGUAAAAUGGGAAAAUGUCGCUUCAAGUUUUGCAAGUCGGAUUAAGACAGGGGUUAUAAUAAAUUUAUAUCAUAAGGAUGUAGGACCGUUUUUGAAUGAUGCUUUUACCAUAUUUAAACAAAAAGUUAAAACUGUUUUGAAAUCUAAUAGAGUACUUAAAGUCAACACUACUUUGUGGGGGGAAUUUAUUAAAAAGACAGGUGAUAGUGAGAGUUUAGAUUUGAUACAUUUUAGCACUAAAAAUGUCAUUAUAGAUAGUUAUUCAACCGAUUUACACAUUUGGUUUAGCGAAAAUGUUAAAGAUAUAAUUUUUAAAAAAAUGUCUGAGUUUGCAGAAAAAGGUUCAGGUGCCGCUCUCUCUAAAGUAAUCUCAUUAGAAGUUAACAUCAAUAAAGUCGAAAUUGGGAACGGAUCAUCGUACAUUAAACUUCCUGAACAAAUUCAAAAGCGUCGAGCAUGUAUAAAUAUCAAAAAUUACGAUCAAAAUUGCUUUUAUUGGGCGAUUAUUAGCUCUCUUUAUCCAGCUAAAAUACAUACAGAACGUACAUCGGCAUAUCCAUAUUACAGUACGGCGUUGAAAACGGAGGACUUGGAAGCUCCAAUGCCUUUAAGUCAUAUUACAAAAUUUGAAAAAAUAAAUACUAUAUCAGUGAAUGUUUAUGCUUUGGAAUUAAACCAAGUUAAGGAAAAACAAUUUUACGAAGUAGUACCUGCUAGACUUACACAAAACAAGCUUGAUAGACAUGUAAAUUUGCUUCUAAUUCAGGAUAAAUAUUUUCCAAAGUUAAAUGAUUACGACGCUCCUCCUAGUGACGAUGAAAAUAUUGAAAUAAAAUAUCAUUAUUGCUGGAUUAAAGAUAUGUCUAGGUUGUUAAGUUCUCAGUUAAGUAAAAACUCAAAUAAAAAAUAUAUUUGUGAUCGCUGCAUGAAUUAUUUUUACAGCGGGAAUAAACUUGCGGAGCACGAAGAGUUCUGCAGAGACAUAAACAAAUGUAAAAUGACUGUUCCCAAAUACGAUCAUGUUGCUUUUAGAAAUUUCACAUACAAACAAACCACUCCCUUUAUCAUAUAUGCUGAUUUUGAAUGUCAGUUACAUAAUUUUACAGAUUCUAAUGUAAAACUGAGCAAAACAGCAAAAUACCAAAAGCAUGUACCUUAUAGUGCAGGCUAUUACUUUAAAUGUGCUUACGAUGACGGCUUAUCAUAUUUUCGAAGCUACAGAGGUGAAAAUUGCAUGGAGUGGUUUGCAAAAGAAAUGGCUGAAAUAUCCAAAUUUGUCGAUUCUAAAAUAAAAUCAAUUGUACCUAUGGUUAAAAAGCCUAGUACAAGUAAGGCAACUGUCUGUCAUAUUUGUGAGAAACGCUUUUUAGCUACAGAUAUAAUUGUGGUAGAUCAUGAUCAUUUUACCGGAGAGGUAAGAGGAUUUGCACACCAAGCAUGCAAUUUAAACUUCAGAAAGGUGUUUGUUGUGCCAGUAGCCUUCCAUAAUUUUAGUGGAUAUGACUCACAUUUCAUGAUUAUCGAUUUAUGCAAACAUGGGCACCUGAGCUUACUUCCUAUUAAUAAAGAAAAAUAUAUUUCUUUUACUCUACAUUCAGAUGAGCAUAAAAUUAGACUAAGAUUUAUCGAUACUAUGAGAUUUAUGGGAGCUUCACUCGAUGAAUUAGCAUCACUUUUAGAUACUUCAGAGAAGAAGAUUUUAAAACAAGAAUUUUACAGUUUAGAUGAUAAUGCAUUUAAUUUAUUAACUUGCAAAGGAGUAUUUUGCUAUGAUUAUGUUGAUAGUUUGGAAAAAUUAGAGGAAACUUCUUUACCUACAAUUAGUCAUUUUUAUAAUAAAUUAUGUGAUGAACAUAUUAGCGAACAGAAGUAUGCUCAUGCGCAGAAAGUUUGGUCUACAUUUGAAUGUAAAAAUUUGGGAGAGUAUAGCGAUUUGUACUUAAAAACAGAUAUUUUGCUUCUGGCUGAUGUAUUUGAACAAUUUAGACAAAAAUGUAGGGAUACGUACCAUUUAGAUCCUGCGUGGUAUUAUACCAUACCAGGUUAUACAUGGGACUGUAUGCUUAGGUAUACAAAAUGUAGAUUAGAGUUAUUAAAAGAUGUGGAUAUGAUUUUGUUUAUUGAAAAAGGCAUAAGAGGCGGAAUAUCUGUGUGUAGUAACCGAUUUUCGGAAGCUAACAAUAAGUACAUGUCGACAUAUGACCCCACACAGCCCUCUAAGUACAUCAUGUAUUUAGAUGUAAAUAAUCUCUAUGGUUGGGCUAUGAGUGAAUAUUUACCCUUUGGAGGAUUUAAGUGGAUUGAAGAUGUAACCAAAUUUGGUGUAGCAUCUAAAUCCACUAAACUUCCCAAGGGGCAUAUUGAUAUUAUGUCAAUUCCGAAUGCUGCGAAGGAGGGCUAUUUCUUUCAAGUUGACUUAGAGUAUCCACUUGAAUUACACGACAAACAUAAAGAUUUUCCAUUUGCUGCCGAACACCGCAUUCCUCCCGGUUCAAAACUACCAAAAUUAUUGCCAACUCUUUUUAAUAAGUCAAAAUAUAUUAUUCAUUAUAGAAAUUUAAAGCAGGCUUUAUCUAACGGAUUAAUUUUAACUAAAAUACAUAAAGUUUUGAAAUUUAAUCAAUCUGCAUGGCUGCGGCCCUAUAUUGAGUUAAAUACUAACUUACGGGCUGCAUCUAAGAGCAGUUUUGAGAAAAAUCUCUAUAAAAUGAUGAACAAUGCUGUGUUUGGUAAGACCAUGGAGAAUAUAAGGAGGCAUAGAACUGUAAAAAUAUGUAAAAAUUGGAAUGGAAGGUAUGGAGCCAAAAACUUGAUUGCAAGUAUUCGGUUUCACAGUCGUACUAUCUUUAGUGAAAACCUGGUGGCCAUCGAACUAACCAAAUCAGUAGUGUGUUUUAAUAAGCCUCUGUAUAUAGGUGCAGCAAUCCUAGACAUAUCAAAAUUAUGUAUGUAUGAUUUUCAUUACUCCUUCAUGCUUCCAACGAUGGGAGAAGAAAAUUGUAUGUUAUUGUACAUGGAUACAGAUAGCUUCAUCUAUGAAUUACAGUGUUUAGAUGCAUAUAAGGAGGUUUUAAAGGCACACAACUCUAAAUUCGAUACAUCUGACUAUUCGGAAAAUAACCCGUACAUGAUAGAACGGUUAAAUAAAAAAAUCCCCGGUCUAAUGAAGGAUGAAGCUAAUGGAAAAAUUAUUACAAAUUUUAUUGGUCUAAGAUCAAAAAUGUAUACAUUUAAAUUACAAACAACUGAUGAAGAGAGAGAAAAAGAGAGAGAACGUUUAAAACUGAAACUAAACAAGGAACAAAUUGAUUGUGGUAUUCAAAAUUUAGGUAUAACUAAAAAAGCAAAAGGUGUAAAAUAUAAUGUAGUCAAAAAUAUAAUCACAUUUGAAGAUUUUGAAAAUUGUUUAAAAGAAUACAAAAUUAAAAGCACAAACCAAAGGUGUAUUCGGUCAUAUCAACAUUCAGUAUUCAGCAUAGAGCAAACAAAAACGGCCCUAAGUCCUUAUGAUGAUAAACGAUAUUUAAUACCAGAAUCCUUUAAGACGCUUCCCUGGGGACAUUGUGAUAUACCAUAAUUUUUUAGCAAAAAUAUAAUCGCUUUAAGACGCUGAGGGCAUUUACUUGGAUAUUAAAAAUGUGUAUGGCUGGUGAAAAGACACAAUCACUUUUCCUCAGUAAUUUUUAAUAAAAUGACUAUUGUACAAUAUUAUUUUUUCAUUAUCCUUUUGUAAAUAUAUUACGAAAAUAAAACAGAAGUGUUAAAUACAUAAUAUUUAUUAACAAAUAAAGUUAUUCAAGUCA